AGCCUGGCUUGGCUGGAGAUUCUGUCAUUCAGCAACAGCUCUGGGCAUUCAUCCCACUGCAGAGCUCAGCCCUGUCCUUUGGGGGCAGCCCUGGCCCCACAGGAGGUCAAGGGCAGAGGCAGGGUCAGCAGUGCCCAGUGCUUCAGCCAUGGCACAGCCCCCCCCUGCCCGGGCACCAGCCUCCCCAGACCCUCCACUUUCCUGAGACACCCAUGAGAAAGGCCACACUGGGUCAGACCCAAGAUCCAUCCAGCCCAGUGUCCUAUCUGCUGACCGUGGCCAAUGCCAGGUGCCCCAGAGGGAAUGAACAGAACUGGGAGUUACCAAGUGACCCAUCCCCUGUCGCCCAUUCCCAGCGUUUGGCAAACAGGCCAGGGACACCCUCCCUGCCCAUGUCAAGCCAGGCCCCCCAUUGCCCAGCACAGCCCUGGGCAGCAGGUGCCCGGGGCUGGAAAUCAGGAGGCUCCAGGCCUGUGCUCAGCCUGCUGGCACUGUGGUGGGGAAGGGUUAACAGCUGUUUCCGAUCAGGCGUGCUGGGCUCCAUUAGCCAUGCCUGAGCAUCCCCAUCACCGGGCUGCUGCUGGAGCUGGAGGAUGCUGCCAAGGGUGAAGAGCGGGGAGCAGUUUGCCAUGGCAGCUGCAGCUCAGCUCCUUGCCUGGAGCCUGGUCCUGGUGCUGGUGCUGCUCCCAGCCUCUCCCCUGCCCCAGCCGUUCAGCAGUGAGCGACACUCCAGGCCACGGGCUGCAGGAGCCUCCCUGGGCCCCGGCUGGGUGCAGGAGCUGGCUGGGUGGCCCCCUCUGGGCAGCCCCUCCAAAGAGGCUCUCUGGACACGCCAGGGUCUGCCAGCCUUCUCCCCAUUGGUGCUGGCUGCCCCGGGAGGGAGCCUGGUCUUCAGUGGGGCUGGGGAGCUGGAUGAUGAGCUGUGGCGAGGCUCCAGCCCUGCCCACUCUGCAGCCAUCGGCCAUGACAUGGGGACCCCCCCUGCCCCAGCAGGAAGCUCUGCUCUCCCACCCCCGGCGUGGCCCCUGCUCCUGGGGGCUGAUGACACUCAGCAGACGCUGGAGGUGCCCCCGGCUCCAGGAUCUGCUGGCACUGAGGGCGCUGGAGGCCCUGGCCCAGCCACUGCCAUGUUCCAGGGACACACUGGGCUUGGCUUGGGGAGCUGGCCCUUCACGCCCACGCCUGGCUCCGGGGCUCCGAGAACCGAAGGCAGCCCAGGAGCCUUGGCUUUCGAGAGCAGAGAACGGCCCUCGGGCUCAGAGCCCAGGAGCCUGCAGCCAGCUUUUCCCAGCCUGGCCAGGCCUCCUGGGGCAGAGAGCAGCUCAGGUCCUGCUGGGCAGGACAGUCCAGGCACAGCCGGGACGCCAUGCCCCAGGCCAACGGUGUCCACUGUCGCCUUGGCAGCCAGGCCGGACUCCGCAGCAGGAGCCAGCAGCGCCGAGGGGUGGCAGGUGGCAGAUGCAGACCCUGGGAGCGUGGGUCAGGGGGGCCAGCCUGUGAGCUGGGCUCCAGGGAAGGGGCAGCCGGCGCCUCAGGCCAGUGUCCCCCGGGAGCCCAGGGAACCACUGGAGCAUGCCUCGGAAAAGGGCUGGGCUUCCUACACCCAGGGUUACUCCCUCCCUCCCUGGGGCAAUGCCCAGGGGCUGCCCCCGCACUCCAUAGGCAGGGACGGCCAGCCCCAGCUGGAGGCGUGGUGGGUCCCUGGAGCCAGCCUGGCUGCUAGGCCUGCUACUACCUCCCAGCCACAGCAGACGCCUGGAGCAGGGGGCUCCGUGGCUGGUAGGUGGCCUGGUCUUCCUCCCGUUGUGCUCAGCGCUGGCCACCUGGAGCUUGGGGAUGGGGCCUGGGAGCUCCCGCCAAGCCUGGCUCCCAUGCAGGGCCGCCUGGCAGAGCCGGCUCCCCCAGCCCACGGGAGCCCCACCUGGAGCCUCAUCCCAGCCCAGACAGAAACCAGAGCCCCAGCCUGGACAGAGGGGCUCUCGGCUCAUCAGAGAAGCACUUGGCGGGUGCUGCCUGGAUCCGUAACCCAGCCACCGCACAUCCCUGGGAAAGCUGCUCCUGGUGCAGAACAGGGACCAGAGCACCCCCGCGCCAGGUCCACUCUCCACACCAGCCUGGGAACGUCGCCUGUCCCAACGCCUCCUCGCCCAGGGGCUGCAGCAGAGGAGGAGAUUGGGGCCCCACAGCGAGUCCAGGGAGCGGUGGAACCAAGAAUCCCCGUGAACGCCACCUCUGCCCCCAGGCCGCCACUGCCGGGGACCCGGCACUCAGAUGAGACCCGACCUCCUGGCCAUGGCAGCACCACAGCCCCUGUGCCCACCCCACCCCAGCCCCCAGCCACUCCCCAGCGGGGUCUGAUCAGAGUCAGCACCCAGCGAGCUCUCCAGCGCCCCUCUCUGCCCGAGCCUGGGCCCAGCGUCCCAGCCGCGGUGCCUGCCUCUAGCCUGCCCUGCCCCCAUGCCAGUGGGGCCUGCAGCCUCCUGCAGCCCAACCAGACGCUGCUGCGCUGGGCUGACCUGCAGCGCACGCUCGGCUUUGCCUGGGAGCUGCACGUCUAUGGCGCCAGCGCCCUCUUCCUACUGCUCAGCCUGGUCUGUGUGGCCAGCCUCAUCGGCUCGCCCGUCCUGGACCUGCCCCACCUGCCCUACACCCUGGGCGCCAACGCCCUGCUGCUGGGUGCCGGCCUGCUCCGCGCCACCUUCCUCCUCAGCGACCCCUACGGUGCCAGGGCCAGGCUGCCCGCCCCGGCCGUGCGGCUGCUGUACAACGCGCCCUUCCCGCUGCUUCUCAGCGCCUUCGCCCUGCUGCUGCUGCUGCUCCUGCGUGUGGCCCAGCUGCAGCUGCUGCCGCCCCCCCUGCAGAGCCUGCCCCUGCUGGCGGCGCUGGCUGCGCUCCAGAGCACCGUGCUGCUGGGAGCCGACCUGCUCUCGCCCCUGCUGAGCCCCGUGCUGGGCGUGGGGCUGCACCUGCUCUCCUGCGCCUGCGGCACCUCCCUCAUGCUGGCCAACCUGGCUGCAUAUUGGCAGCUGCGGCCCCAGCAGGCUGCCAGGCCGGGCGAGGCCCAGCGGGUGUCGCUUGGCUGUGAGGAGCUGCCUGAGCAGGGCAGAGCCCUGCAGGCGCUGGGCCCCUGCCCGCGGGUGCUACUAGGGUGCAGCGUUCUGGGGCUGCUGUGCUGUGGGCUCCAGGCAUACGGGGUCCUGUGGCUGGGGGCGGUGCUGGGCCCGCUGGGGGAGUUCUCCUGGCCCUGGUGGUUCGUGCAGUUCUGGUUCCGAAUCUGUGAGCUGCUGCUGGCCUUUGGCCUGUGCUUUGUGGCCUCACACCCCUUCUGCCAGUGCUGCGGCUCCGCUGACCACAUCUGCUGGGCCAAGCUCGUCCGCUACUUCUGCACCUACCGCAAGGCCGAGGCGCCCGAGUACCCCAACAACGGCUACGACUGGGCCACUGGCGUGCAGGAGCGGGCGGCCAGCACCCACAUCAGCAAGAGCCUGAUCCGCAAGCCGCCCGAACAGCUGCACCUGCGGGCACUGAAGGACAGCGGUGAGGGGCGGGUGCCUGGGGCCUUCUCUGCCGGGGGCUCCACCUCCUCACUGGGCCGGCCUGGCGUCAGCCCCAGGUUCCCCAACGCUGCACGCGUGGGGCGCUCCUACACCAGCGUCUGCUGCGAGAAGGAGUCGGUGCUGUCGCUGGGGGAGCUGGAGUUCCGCCCACCCUCGCCCAUCAACCUCAGCCGCAGCAUCGACGAGGCCCUCUUCAAGGAGCACCUGGUGCGGGACAGCGUCUUCCUGCGCUCCAGCCUGCAGUGCCCGGGGCGCCUGGCGCGCCAGGACUCCUGCUCCUCGCUGCGCAGGAGCUCUGCCCUCACGCCCAUGGCCGAGCCCCUGCUGCCCGCCACGGCCUGGCAGCGGCGCAGCAGCGACCCUGACUACCUGUUCAGCCUGGCCCGCUGCAGCUCGCUCAGCGACCUGCCCUCCCAGAGCGCCAGCCUGCCCCCCAGCAAGGGCCUGCCCCCCAGCAAGGGCCUGCCCAGCGAGCCCCCCACCGAGGGCACCAUCUCGGGCUGCUCCCUCGACAGCUUCUCCAAGGGCUCCCUGAAGAUCAGCUGGAACCCCUGGCGCCACGGCUUCUCCUCGCUGGAGAGCCUGCCCCUGGAGGAGCUGCCCAGCCGGGCCCCGCUGCUCCCUGAGGAGAGCCCAGGACCCAGCACCACGGGCGGGGCCGCAGACUCUGAGUGCGAAGCCAGGCGGAGCUUCCUGGCGCUCAGCAAGCAGGUGGAUUCCCGCAGCAUGUCCAGUGACACCAUUGAGCUGUGAGGGGCAGGGCCAGGGCAGCCCCCCUGAGCACCGCUCGGAGGAGAGCGGCUAGCACUGUGCCAUGGGGACAGUGCCAGGGAGAGCCCACGACUGAGGGCUUCCUGCAUGCCCCAGCCCUGCCUAGUGCCAACCCCCCAACCCCUGUCAGUGAUUUUUACGGAGAUCUAUUUUCCCAGCUCAGAUUUUGCACAGGGGGAAGGGAGAAGGGAGCUGAGCCAGCCCAGGAAGCAGGAGCACAGUGAGGGGGCAGGACUUGCUUUCCCAGCCCACUCUGCACAGCCAGGCCAGGGGUGGGGGGCAGUGCUGGCUCUGGCUGAGUGAAGGCCAGGGCCAGGGAGGAGCACCCAGCCCAUGGAGCCAGGGCGGCUGCUGGGGGGUGGGGGGCAGGUAGCCUUAGCCAAGGGGGACCCAGGGGCACGGCAGGGCUGAGCCCCCCACCAGGGAGCGACUCUGGGGUGAGGCUGCCCAGGGACCAGCACUGCAGAGGCACCAUGAUAGGAGCACCCCGCCCUGAUCCCAAGGGGCAGCCCCCACCGGGCCCCUGGCUGCAAAAAGGUGCAGGCCUGGGG